AUGUCGUCGUCAAAGAUUGCGUACGAGGAAACGACACACUCGCAGCCAGAUUCCCAGGAGGAAAAUGAGUCUGCUGAGUCUGCUGGAUCUGCGAGGGCCACGCUCAAAUUGUCCGAUCGCUCGGCCGACGAGAGCUACAAGCUCUUCUCCAAGGUCCAAGUAUCUGAUCCGACACCGGAAGAAGCUCAAAGAAUCCGCAACAAAUGCCUCUGGAGAAUCCUUCCUUUCCUAUGCAUCGGAUAUCAUCUGAUGUAUGUUGAUAAGCAGACAUUAGGGAGCUCGGCAAUCCUUGGCAUCCUAGAAGAUGCAAAGCUGAAUUCAAACCAAUACAACUGGCUCUCAUCUAUAUUUUACUUCGGUUACAUGGUGGCCGAGUGGCCACAGAACUGGGCUCUGCAACGCUUUCCUGUUGGGAAAUGGCUGGCCGGUAAUCUUAUUGUUUGGGGUGGCAUAACGUUGCUGCAUAUCCCAUGCAAUAACUUUGCAUCUCUUUUUGUUGUCCGAUUCCUCCUCGGACUAAGCGAAGCCUGCAUUGUGCCCGCGUUUCUCCUCUCCAUGUCCAUGUUCUUCACAUAUCAAGAGCAGGCUGUCAUGAUGUCAGUCAUGUGGUCAAUUGGCAACUCUAGCCCCAUCACUUCGGGCUUCCUGUCCUACGGCGUUCUGUGGAUUAGAACAGGUCAUCACUGCCCCCUGCACGCCGACUUUUUGACUUACGAGGAGCGAGCUCAAGCAAUCUUGAGGAUAAAGGGCAACAAUUCUGGGAUCGAGCAGAAGCAAUUCAAGAAGCAUCAAUUUAUUGAAGCCAUCAAAGACCCGAAAACUUGGUUGUUUGCUCUUCACGCUUGGUCGCAGGAGAUGGGCAAUGGUAUUAACAAUCAGACUUCAUUAAUCAUCAACUCAUUUGGCUUCACAGUUUUCCAAACUACGUUGCUUAGCACUGUCAGCGGAGUUAUAGCGUUCUUUACACUCUCUGCAGCUGCAAUUGCGCUGCAUUUGACCCGGAACUCUCGAGCAUGGAUAUCCCUUAUCGCAUACGUACCUGCUGUCAUAUCCAGCAUACUAUUGUUAGCUCUCCCAUGGUCUAAUCGCUGGGGCCUCAUCGUGGGUGUCUGGCUACGAUACACAACCGGUGUACCCUACGCUGUUGUAAUGAUAUGGGCAGCAAACGCAUCUGCUGGGCACACCAAAAAGACAACAGUUAUUGCUCUCUACCAUAUAGGAUAUGGACUGGGAAACAUUAUUUCCCCCCAACUGUUUGAGCCUAGAUGGAAACCUCGAUACAAGCCCACCUGGAUCAUUUUGCUCAUUGUUGCUGCUAUUCUCCCUUCCAUUAUCAUCAUUACUCUUCGAUUCUAUCUCAGCCGCGAGAACAAGCGCCGCGACAAACUCGAGGCAGAAAAUGUUGUUACCAACAACGGUCUUGUGGAAACGACAAACGCCGAUGGAACUAAAGAUGUUCAUGUGGUAGACACUAACCAGCUGGACCUGACGGACAGGGAGAAUCUGAAAUUUCGGUAUGUUCUGUGA